AUGGCGAAAACCACAACCCCAGUAGCUGGCUUGAGACACAAGCAGGCUUCAAAGGACUCGACGUCCACCAGAGCCGGCGUGGUAAAAGCAAAGCGUGGACGCUCAACCAGGAGCACACCGACCGGCGGGAACCGCAAGCUGAGAGGUGAAACUCCUAAAUCAGCACCUGCCGAGCCAGAUGCAGCUGAUUCAUCCGCUGGAAAUGACGGUGGUUCACGCGAGGAAGGCUCUCCAUUUCUGGGUCUGCCCCCGGAGCUGCGCAACAACGUCUACGCCUUCGUCGCUGCUGAGACUCCUGCCUACCUCCGCAAAGGACACACAAGCCACCUCAUCUCCGGCUCUCCACUGGCACGCGUCAAUCGACAGAUCCGCGAAGAGUUCGUCUCCUCACUUACGCUCGAAAUAAAAGUCAUUAGAACGGAGAUGCGCAACUUCGACUACAGCCACGUCGUCAACUUCCUCAACCGACUAAAUGACGUCGACCUUUAUGGCCUGAGCAACGCCGAAACGCCGACAAGCCGCCUCAUCAACAUCCGCUUGGUUCUGACUAGGCUGCCAAAGUACGACAGGGAGAGCCUUCUCCGCUGGCUGAAACGACUCGAGCAUCCUACAAAACGGGGCGCAGAAAUCGUUACCACUGUGGAUGUGAGCGACAACAGCUUGGACGCAAUCAGCAAAAGAUGGUUGGGAGGCGACCACAUUGAGACCACCAGGCUCCGUCUGCGUGAUUCGGCGCGUGAACUGGACCGUUCCUUCUUGAUUAAGCUCAAGGAUGGCAGAGCGAAGAAGGAGGUUAGGAGUAUAUUGACGGCCGUACUCAACUUUUGUGAUAUGUUGCGCCGUCGCCAGCUCGAGAUUGCGCAGAGCAAGCUUGGGGUCCAGUCUGCCUGA